AUGCCUGGCGGAGCCUGGGUGCUGGCGACCGCGCUGAUGCUCCUGGCCCCGGAGGAAGGACGGCAAGCUCAGGAGUGCUCUCCUGGGGGACAUCAGUUUCUUCAGAGUCCUUAUAGAAGUGUCCAUUUUGACUCGUGGCACCUCCAGCAGUCAGCUGUUCAAGACCUAAUAUGUGACCAUUCCCUCUCCCCCGGAUGGUAUAGAUUUCUCAUCUUUGACAGACCUGCUGAGAUGCCAACCAAAUGUGUUGAGAUGAACCACUGUGGAACUCAGGCCCCCAUCUGGCUGUCUCUCAGAGAUUCAGAAACACUGCCAUCUCCUGGGGAGAUCAAGCAAUUGACAGCUUGCGCAACAUGGCAGUUUUUGUUUAGCACUACAAAAGACUGCUGUCUCUUUCAAAUCCCAGUGUCUGUAAGAAACUGUGGGAACUUUUUUGUAUACUUACUACAGCCAACUCAGGGAUGUAUGGGCUAUUGUGCGGAAGCUAUUUCUGAUGCACAAUUACACCCAUGUGGCUCUGAUGAAACUGAAAUAGGAGGUGAUUGUGUUCGUCAGCUGACUGUCUCAUUGCCACCUCCACCUGCAGGAAGGCCAGAGGUUCUGGUGGAGUUGAUUGAGUCCAGGCUUUUCUGUAGGUGUUCUUUUGAUGUUCCCCCUACAAACAACUCAGUGGGAUUUCACAUAGCUUGGUCUAGGCUUUCUUCUCAAGAAGUCAAAGAAGAGCUGAAACAAGAGACCACAGUUCAGGCAUGCUCUCUUUUAGAACUUGAUGGCAUAAAUCUCAGACUUGGAGACAGGAUAUUCUGUAGCGCUUCUGUCUUUUUCUUGGAGAAUCCACAUGUACAAAGUAUAGCCAUAGAAAGCCAAGAAUUUUUUGCAGGCAUUAAGCUACAGCCUGAAUUGAGCACCAUAUCAGAGGAUGGGAAAGAAUACUACCUAAGGAUAGAAAGCACAAUUCCUAUUAUUUGUUCUGAAUUUAGUGAGCUUGAUCAAGAAUGCAAAAUCUCAUUAAAACUGCAAACUAUUGAUCAAGGUAGAGAGCACCUAGGCUUAAAUUUGGCACUGUCUUCCUGUCAUGUGGACCUUCACCAGACAUCUUCCUGUGCUACUGGAACCUGUAGCCACACUUUUGUGUACUACACUGCUGUCACAGAUUUUUCUCGAGAUGGAGAUAGAGUUACAAACAUUGUAGUGCAACCAAUAGUUAAUGAGGAUUUCCUGUGGAACAACUACAUUCCAGACAGCAUCCAGAUCAAAGUAAAGGAUGUCCUAACUGCUUACUGCUAUUCAUUUACUGACCCACAUAUAAUUACAUUUGAUGGCAGGGUAUAUGAUAAUUUCAAGACUGGAACAUUUGUGCUUUAUAAGAGUAUGUCACGUGAUUUUGAAGUCCAUGUACGUCAGUGGGACUGCAGAAGUCUUCACUAUCCAGUGUCAUGUAAUUGUGGGUUUGUUGCCCACGAAGGAGGAGAUAUAGUCACUUUUGACAUGUGCAGUGGUCAGCUACGUGAAUCACAACCAUAUUUAUUUGUAAAAAGCCGAGAUGUAACCAGGAAUAUCAAGAUAAGUGAAUCUUACUUAGGAAGAAAAGUCACAAUCCGGUUUGCUUCUGGGGCUUUCAUCCGUGCUGAUGUUGGUGAAUGGGGCAUGAGUCUAACGAUCAGAGCCCCUGGUGUAGAUUACAGAAACACUCUGGGACUUUGUGGAACUUUUGAUGAAAAUCCAGAGAAUGAUUUCCAUGACAAAAAUGGGAUCCAAAUUGAUCAAAAUUUUAACAAUUACGUUGCUUUUAUUAAUGAAUGGAGGAUUUUACCAGGAAAAAGCAUGUUUGACACACUGCCAAUUUCUUUGACGUCACCUGGAAAGCCAUCCUAUUGUAGCUGUUCAGUGGACACUGCAGCGUAUUUGUCUUCCAUUGAUCUGGGCAGUGUUUCUCAAUCAGAAAUUGUCUCGGGUUGCAAAGAUCUCAGUCAUGUCACCUUACCUUCUUUGAUACCAGAACUAGAUGUCACUUCUGAAUAUAUUAAUUCAGACACUCUUGUCAGAGAGAUAAACAAGCAUACAUCUCAAGAAGAAUAUAAUCUAAAUUUCUUUCCACAAGACAACAACCACAUAAACCUGACUAAACUAGGCUUAAAUACACAAAAACAUCCUGGAAAUGAGAAAGAAGAUGCACUAAAAUAUGUGGACACUAAGAAAUAUACACAAGGCCAGGAAAGCCCCAGCCAAGAAAUGAGGUACAAUCGACAAAACAGACGGAAACGGCAAAACAUUUAUGAGUUCCUUCCUUUGUUUGCUUUCCCGAGUCUCAGCCAAACGGAUCUGGAGGAACUUACUUAUUUUUUCCCAGAGGACCAUGCUGAGGAUGUACAGCAAGAAUUUGUCCCCUCUUGGCCCACACCCUCUGGCCUCACGGAGUACAGCACCUUGACCCUCUGUCAGCAGACUCUAGCCAACUCCAGCAUAGGAAGGCUCUGUCUUGCUUUUCUUGGCAAGAGAAUAGACAGUGUUAUAGAUAUGUGUGUGAAGGAUGUUCUGUUAAAAGAUGAUCUUAGCUGGGCAGAAGCAGGUGUGGCCCUUUUAGAAAACGAAUGUGAAAAGAGGAUUGUGGAGGAGGGGAAAUAUAACACAGAAGAGUAUGGAACAUCAAUUGAAGACAUUCUUUUAGUAUUAAAAUGUCCCAAUUUAUGCAGCGGCAAUGGGCAGUGUAUGGAAUGGGGGUGUGCAUGUUCCCCAAGCUUUACUUCCUAUGAUUGCAGUGAUUCCUAUGAUAAAGCUCCUGAAAUUACAGAGCUUGGGAAUGCUGGAUUCUGUGAUGUUCGAAAAUCUAAUUGUAUGAUGGUGAGAGUUUUUGGCAAAGGCUUCAAAGAAUUACCUUCAAUUAAAUGUGAAGUUACUAAGCUACAGUAUAAUAGCAGUGAAUGGAUGCCUGGAGAACCCAUCUAUACACAGACUGUUUUCCAAAAUAGCAGAACUGUUGAUUGUCAGCUGCCCACUGAUGUUCAGCAGUUUGAUACCAUGGAUCUGGUGGGUGGGAAACCAAUUGGGAAGUGGCAGUUGAAGCUAUCUAAUGAUGGUUAUAAAUUCAGUAAUCCCAAAAUAAUGGUCAUAUAUGAUGGUGCUUGUCAAAUUUGUGGUCUCUAUAAAAGUGACUCAUGUACUAUAAAGGAAAAUGUUUGCAUUAUUGAUGGACUCUGCUAUGUUGAAGGAGACAAAAAUUCAACCAGCCCGUGUUUGAUUUGUAGACCCCAAAUUUCAAGAUUUACUUGGUCAUUUUUAGAAAACAACCAACCCCCGGUGAUUCAAGUAUUGCAAGACAAAUUACAGACAUUUUAUGGUGAAAACUUUGAGUAUCAGUUCGUGGCCUUUGAUCCGGAAGGUUCUGACAUCCACUUUACGUUGGACUCUGGUCCUGAAGGAGCAAGUGUUUCCUCUGCAGGGCUUUUUAUGUGGAAAACAGAGUUACUAACUCCACAACAAUUUACUCUACGCCUUAAGGAUGACUGCGAUGCUGAAACUAGAGUCACGAUUGAGGUGACUGUGAAGUCUUGUGAUUGCUUGAAUGGUGGAUCAUGUGUGUCUGAUAGGAACUUUCCUCCAGGGAGUGGAGUGUACCUGUGUGUCUGCUUGCCUGGCUUCCAUGGUAGCCUUUGCGAAGUCAACACUAGUGGAUGCCAAUCCAACCCUUGUGGUCUUGGCAGCUGUAUUAGUGGUUUUCACAAUUAUUCCUGUGAUUGUCCACCUGAGCUCAAAGUUGAAACACAGUUUUUAAAUAAAUUUACCACACACGCUGUGGUUCUCACAAGAUCUGAUAAAAGUAUAAAUAAGGAAGAGGAUGAUAAAGAUGCCCAAGGGAGGAAGAGGCAUGUUAAGCCAACAAACAGAAAUGCCCUUACCAUUUGUAGACAUCCAUGCGGAAAAAGUAGGGAGUGUGUUGCCCCAAACAUCUGCAAAUGUAAACCUGGUUACAUUGGUUCUAACUGCCAAACUGCUCUUUGUAACCCUGAUUGCAAAAAUCAUGGAAAAUGUAUUAAGCCUAACAUUUGUCAGUGUCUUCCAGGACAUGGUGGAGCAACCUGUGAUGAAGAACAUUGUUACCCACCUUGUCAACAUGGUGGCACAUGCUUGGCUGGAAAUCUCUGCACUUGUCCUUAUGGUUUUGUAGGACCGAGGUGUGAAACAAUGGUUUGUAACAGGCACUGUGAAAAUGGAGGCCAGUGUCUUACACCAGAUAUUUGCCAGUGCAAACCUGGCUGGUAUGGACCCACCUGUAGUACAGCUUUGUGUGACCCUGUUUGCCUCAAUGGUGGUUCGUGUAAUAAGCCAAACACUUGCCUCUGUCCAAAUGGAUUCUUUGGUGAACAAUGUCAGAAUGCUUUCUGUCACCCUCCCUGUAAGAAUGGUGGCCACUGCAUGAGAAAUAAUGUGUGCAUCUGUCGUAAAGGAUACACUGGUAGGAGAUGCCAAAAAAGCAUCUGUGAUCCUAUGUGCAUGAAUGGAGGAAAAUGUGUGGGACCGAACACCUGCUCUUGUCCUUCUGGUUGGAGUGGGAAACGAUGCAACACACCUAUCUGCUUGCAGAAAUGUAAAAACGGUGGUGAAUGCAUUGCUCCCAGCAUAUGCCAUUGUCCUUCCUCCUGGGAAGGAGUGCAGUGUCAAAUACCAAUUUGCAAUCCAAAAUGUCUUUAUGGGGGCAGAUGCAUAUUUCCCAAUGUGUGUUCCUGCCGCACUGAAUACUCUGGAGUCACAUGUGAGAAGAAAAUACAGAUAAGACACCAUUGAGUAGCAUCAAGUAUAUGAAUUACAAGCCUGUAUCUUAAGAAUGGAAAUGUUUUGUUCAGAAAAAGUUGGAGAUAACUUGAAGUUUAUUUGAACAUCAUUCAAAAAAUAUCUUAAAGACUGAAGAAACUAAUAAAAUACAUAAUGAUCUCAGUUGUAAUCAUUAGAGAAAAGCAAAGAAGAAAUCCAGGUAAUCUAAAUUUGAUGUUGAGAUGGGAUAGGAUAUUUACAUAUUGAGAUGAUGUAUCUGAUAUUCCAUCCAUUCACAAUAUUUAAUAAACUGAGUAUUUUCUCAGCCCUAA